AUGUCAGCCACACGCGCUGCUCAAACUUCCAGGCAGGAUGCCGCCGUGCCCGGUAGCACACGUACUGCUGAGGAUGCGCCGAAAGAGAACAUCUUCAUGUUCGUGCCAAACUUGAUUGGAUACGCUCGCGUCGUACUCGCAAUCGUCUCACUCAACUACAUGCCCCUCCAUCCACGAACAUGCGCCCUCCUGUACAGCAUCUCGUGCCUGCUGGACGCCCUCGAUGGCUACGCCGCCCGUAGCUUCAACCAGUCCACAAAGUUCGGCGCCGUGCUGGACAUGGUGACAGACCGCUGCACCACCACCUGCCUUCUGGUCUUCCUCUCAACCGCCAUGCCGAGAUGGAGUAUGGUCUUCCAACUCCUCAUCAGUCUCGACUUUACUAGCCACUACAUGCACAUGUACGCUACGCUUGCCAUGGGUGGCAGCGGUCAGAGCCAUAAGAACAUCGAUGCAAAGAGAAGCAAGAUCAUGCACUUGUACUACAACAACCGCAACGUUCUCUUCGUGUGCUGUGCCUUGAACGAGCUGUUCUUCAUCGCUCUCUACUUGCUUGCCUUCUCCUCGCCCUACCUCAGCCCUUCGCUUCUGCAGUCCGCUGGUGAGGCUGCUUCAUUGCAGCCUGGCUCGCCCGCUCUGCCUCCUAAGCCCUCGACAAUCUUCUCCAGCCCCUGGUCUGCCGGCGCUAUGGAGAUGGCCAGAGCCAACAAGAUGGAUAGUACCGUCCCAUGGAUCCUUGUCGCCAUCUCUGCCCCCGUCAUGCUGUUCAAGCAAUGGGUCAACGUCGUACAAAUUGUCAAGGCCAGCGAGUGGCUCGCUCAGGGCGACCUCGCCGAUCGCGCAAAGGCUGGUCUGCCCAAGAAGACUCAGUAG